GAGUCUGAGAGGCAAAACAUGAGGAUGCGAUUCUCACGUUUGUCUAUCAGACGCGUUCCCAAGACGCGAAAGUAUGCACGUUACAUUGUCAUACUAAGUUCUAUUUCUCUUUCCAUAAAUUAGUAACAGCGUCGAGGAAUUUCUUGAAUGAGAUCAUUGUAGAUCUUCUAUGUUUCAGUUACUGUUCGUUUUUUUGUUUUUAGAAUGUUGAUAUUAAUAUUGGUGUUAGUUUAAAAGCGUUAGAUUUAAAUAUUCUGGCACAAAUAUCCGAUGAUGAUCCAAACCUUGAGGUUCUUGUCUGUGCCACUGUGUCCGAGACAAUUAUUAAUAUUAAACAUUAUCCAGCAUUAUCUAGUACUAGGGGUGGCACAUUAUCAUUACUUUCACGAGUAAUCCAAAUAUUGUAA